CAAUCUGUAAUAAGAAAAAUGUCAAAUCUUAGCAUAGAUGCUGCAUACCGUUCAUCUGUGCACAAUGAAUGUUACAUAUUUGUGAAAGAAAGGUAUGUGGUUGUGAAUUAUAAUCCUGGAGGCAAGAAGGAAAAGAUUAUUCAUGGGCCGAAGCAUAUUUCCGAUGGAUUCCCAAUGCUCAUCGGAACUGAAUUUGAAAAGGGAAUAGAUUGUGCCUUUGAUGGUGAUAACAAUGAAGCAUACAUUUUCUCUGGAAAAUAUGGUGGCAAAAUAGACUAUGUUAACCUCACAUUACUUAAAGAUAAAACUCCAAUUAAGGAUAUGUUUCCUAGUCUCAAGGAUACUAAACUUGUAAAUGGAAUAGAUGCUGGAAUAAGGUCCACCGGAAAAGAUGUUUUCUUAUUCAAAGGUGAUGAGUAUGUUCGUAUAGACUAUCAAUCUGAGCUUGUUAAGUCUAAUAAGUAUAUUCGCACUGGUUUUCAAAGUUUGGUUGGGACAGUCUUUGAAUUUGGAAUUGAUGCUGCUUUUGCUUCUCAUGUUCAGAAUGAAGCUUACAUUUUCAAAGGAGAUUACUAUGCACGUAUCAAUGUUGCCCCAGGCACAGCUAGUGGUGACUUUAUUGUUGGUGGUAGAAUUAAGAGGAUCCAUGAUGAUUGGCCUGCUCUUCAUUCUAUACUCAAAAACUAGAAAAAUUUGAAUUUAUGUUCCUUAAUGUAAUGUUUGUUGUAAUAAGUGUGGUAGGCUUUGCCUCAUUGCCCUACAUCUUCUCAUUUCUUUCUUCUAUCUAUCUUUAAUGCUCUUACUUUUACCUCAUCAAUGUAACACAUGUGUGCUUCAAUCUUCUUUCCCUUUUCUAAUGUUAUAAAAUUCUUACUUUUUCUGCUUUGUCAAUA